AUGGAUAGGAGAAGGAGUGCCAACACCAACGGAGGUCAUGGCGGAGGAGCAACAGCGUCCAUCAACAGCGAGUGCUGGGACUCGGUGUCGUAUCUAGAAAGUGCUUUUCAUCAUGGAUUUAUGCGGCUGCGACUCAGAACGGGCGAGUUCGUGUACAAUGAAGAUUCACGACUCACACGCGAGUUGGACGAAUUCUGCGAUGUGGAUUCGAUGCACACACCCAAAGGUCCAGUUAUUCUAUUAGGCGAGAGUGGCAUGGGGAAGAGCGCGUUCCUGGCCAAUUGGCUGGUGCGUCGAAAGAAAAUGUUUCAGAAUUGGCAAUCUUCAUAUCCCGAAUUUAUUUUCUCUCACGUCGUGGGUUGCUCACGGCAAUCGUGUUCCGUAUCGAAUUUACUUGAGCGUAUUCUUCGAGAGAUUAAGGAAUAUUUCGAGCUGAACAAAGAGAUUCCGGACGUGGAGGAGCGACUGAGCUGGCAGUUCCCUCGCUUUCUAGAAGCAGCAUCGAAGAAAGGGCGCGUCAUUCUCGUAGUCGACGGACUGCAUCGACUUCACACCAACAAUGGGGAGAGCAUUUUGAAGUGGGUUCCUCUAGCUUUCCCUCCAAACGUUCGUAUCAUUUUCUCGGGGACACUUAAUUACCCGACUUCGAAGUUGUCCCACACGAGUCUCAGUGCGCAGAUGAUUGAGCGAAUAAAAAUGGAGGCGGGUCGUCGCAAUUGGAAGCUCAUUCAUGUGCUCCCUCUAGCUGAAGAGGAUCGAAGACGGAUAGUGAAGAGGUUUAUCUCUAAGAGUCGCGAUAUUAGCUAUCGCGAUAACAGUGGCUCGCUACAAAGAGCAGGUUUACAACUCUUCGAGAUCCAGCAAAACGCCAUUGUCGGGGUACCCAUGAGCUCUAGUCCGCACUUUUUAAAGAACUUUCUGACCUGUUUACUGUGGGCUGUGAAGGAGGGGUUCAAUAUUCACACGGUAUUCGAAAGCUGGUUAGGUGCAGACAGUGUGGCUCAGUUGCUGGAAUCUGUGCUUCGUAGCAUGGAGAUUGGCUAUACACCGGACCAAAGCUCGACUGAUGACGCGAUGCAAUUCCUGUUAGAUCGAGACUCUGGAAGGAGAAAUUCUCAACACCAGAGUGAUAACCGGACAAAGAUUGAGCUUGCACGUGCUGCUGCAGAGGCCGCCGUUCGGGAGGCUAGUGACUCUCUUGAUGACGAUCCUUUGAAUCCAGAAAUGAAACGCGUCAAAAGUGUUCAUGAAACCAAAGAAGUGUUGCACAGAUUAAAGCGUUUUCCCACGGAGCCUCGAGCUGGGGCUAAUAAACUGGGCAGCCGACUCGAUUAUCUGACGGGUGGACGAAGAGUUGCCCCGCUUGGAGAUGUUUUGGGUCGAGCGUUGUGUCUCUUGUACGUGAGUCGUCAUGGAUUAUUGCUAAACGAGCUGCGAUUCAUCUUGAACGCCGUUGUAACUGAGGUGCGUGCUAGCAUAGGACAGGAAAAACUAACCGCGUUCUCUGAAGACGAAUGGCAAGUUCUCUUGCGAGCAUUGCGCACACUGGGUGUGCUUUUCGUACAGGAGGUUCUGGUGUUACCGAUGUGCAAGGAUAUCUUGCGCGACGUCAUUUGGUGGCGGUAUAUCGGCAGUGAACGCGCUGAGCAACAGUAUCACCAGUGGCUCAUUCGUUUCUUUCGUAUCCAUCCCACCACUUUUCGUCGUGUUGAAGAGCUUCCGUGGCACCUUAAACGCUGCUAUCAGUGGGAUGCUUUACGUCAGGUAUUGGUCAACUUACCCAUGUUCCAGUUACUGUACACAGCCAGCUACAAGGGCGAGCUUUUCGGGUACUGGAAGGUGCUCACCGAUGGUCCAUUGCUCAAUUACGGUGCAGCUACCAAUGCAUCCGACCCACCAGUGUAUGUGACGCCCUUCGACGUCGUCAAAGAGUACGGGAAGAGUAUUGAUGACUGGUAUCGUAGUGCUCGCCCCACGACGAAAAGGUUCACGGCUAUUGUGCAGCAAAUCACGCGCUUCAUGUACGAGUUUUGCCUCUCGUAUCAGCGGCCAUUGCCCCAAUUCAUGCACGCCCCGUUCGACCUUAAGCGACUUUACUUGGAUGGAUUCUUGUUUGCUGAGAACUUGCCACAUGUACAAACAGUUGCCAGUGCAACUGGAGGUGCUGCAUCUGCCUUGCCAUCCACAGGAGCUUCGAGCUUCGGUGGGAUGUCUGCAAUGACAAAUACACCCACUGCGUCAUCUGCACUACUUACUGCGUUGGACAAUUUCCCACCGCAAGUAAACACUUUGAGUGUGGGGACGGCAGGGUCGUCUACUAGAGACAAGGACGCGUUUAAGAACUGUUUCUUUUUCUAUCAGCGGUGGAUCUGGAUACAGUUUCCGUGGCUCGCACUUGGUCGUGACAUUAUUGUUCGAGAUCCAGUUGUACAGAACCCAAUUCUGGAAAAGGCAAAUGGCGCCAAUGUCAGCGAUAAUAGUCCCGGACGACGCGACAGUGAAGGAGUUGCAGCGAAGACGACGGCAAUGACCCCAUCGCAGUCAAUAACGCGAUCUGGAUUAUUUGAUGCACGGUUUUGGGAUGUCAAAAAGAGUAUGUUUGACCCAACCACUCGUCGGCCUCGAGGUGCAAUGACAAUUUCGCAACUCGCUUCAGUGAAGAACGCAAGUGUCUUGAUGACGUCAACACCAACAUCAUUUGCCAACCAGACUUUGGGUGUGAUAUCUCCCGAAAAUCUUUUCCGCAAGAAAAGCGCAUACACAACAGUGAAAAGUGUUCUACGAUCAUCUGUUAGCCGUCUUCCCAGUGCAACUUUGAAAUCUUCGGCUUCGUUGCCAACGCUUCCCGAACAACGGCAACUUGCACAAAAUGCGACUGCAACCUCGAAUAACCGCAUAGAGAAUACAGGCCAGAAGUUCAAACUGGAAAGCAUUUCUAGCACAGAGGACUUGAUGACAAUUGCCACUUCUUUUGGUCUUCCAGCACAUUUCCAGGACUAUCCGCAGUCCGAAUGGGACUUAAAACAGUCGUACAACCAUCGUGUGGUGCUCAAACUGCAGGCAUUGUACGAUACCGUAAAAGCUGAAGUUGCGCAAAAGCAAAAGUAUCUGCAAGAUGUCAAACGGAAAACCCGCGAAACGUCACGCCGCUACGAAUUGACAAUGCGCGAGUGUGACAUGGCAAAACACGCAGCCGAAGAGAUGAGUUCUCGCCUUGCAAAACUGGAACAGGUGAUGAAAAACAUCGACCAGCAGGAGAAAACGCAUCGCAAGCUCAUUCGCGGAUGCGAGUUGUUUCCCGCUUGUGCCCCCGCACAUUUUGAAGCCAAUAAGAAAGAGUUGCGUCUGUUGCAGAUGCAACUCAAGGACUUGCAAGAUGAGAAAAAGGUGCUGUAUACGAAGAAGACCCAUUUGCAGAAUGAAGAACUACCCAUUCUGCGCAAAGCUGUGGAAAAGAGUAAGCAAUUGCUCUCUGCAGUAGUGGACAAACUGGAGCGUGCACGCGAGAAAGUUGCGCACGAUCAGGCUUCGUCCGUCAAGUUGUAUCAGCGACGACUGGAGAUGAUUGAAAGUGUGCGCUCAGCGAGUGGCAAAGGCGCCAGCGCCACAACAGAGGAAGAAGCGCGAAGACAAGCUCGACAAUCAUUCAGCGCCACAACAAGGUCACUUGCUACCAAAGUUGCAUUGCAGCAGUGUGAGUCCAUGUGCGACAAGAUUCAGAAAGCCACCGGGUUUUCCAAAAUGGAGCUCAUUUUCCAGAAAUUUUCACGUCGUGAGGAACUCAACGCGAGUUUUGAGGAGCAAGCCAAACUCUAUGAGGCUCGUCUGAAACAAAUCAAACUGAACCAGGCGGAGUUGGAGGAGCAGCUGCACUCUCUCGAGCUAUCGCAGGCUACGGCUACAACGGAAGAUCCACGGAUCCUAGAACAGAAACUACGCGCUGCCGAAGUAGAACUCGCACGUACAGAGUACACCCAGGCGAGUCUCCUCACCAGCUCCAAAGAGGUGAUAACCGGGGCCGCGAGAAUUGUAAAACUUAUGGGCAUCACGAACUGCAACGACCCAUACCAAAAUGCUAUACCGGCCUCUCGACUAUGGCCACCACCCGUAGGUUACGAAGGCGAGAGGAGCCUCACGUCUGACUUUGCCAAGAUCGAGCGACGUUGA